AUGCAGUCUGGAAUGUAUUCGAGGCGUAGCACCCCAGGAAGAACGGCCCGUGAGCCUUCUUCUACAAGAAGUAAUGCAGCAAGUCGGGGAAUACAGGAACGUGAAACACAGCUGUGGAAAAUAUCUGAGCAAUAUGGCAAAGCAAAAGAUGAGCUGAAAAGAAAAUCUAACGAAUGUAAAGACGUAAAACGAGAACUGAAAGAAACAAAGGAGCAACUGCGUCGAAAGGAAAGAGAGAAUGAGAUCCUUGAGAAACGAAUCGACCAGAAAGAAAAGGAAAUCAAACAGUUCAAAGGUGCCAGCGGACAGAAGACUCAUCAGCGAGCAGCCCUAGAAUUUGCCCAGAAAAUGGACCAAAAAAGGAGAGAGCUGGAAAAACGCAAUGAAGAAGUAAGACAGUUAGGGAACCAACUAAAAAGGAAAGAUGGUGAAAUCGCUAGAGCGCUAGAGAAGGCACGUGAAAAAGACUGUCUGCUUCGUCAAUCAGAAGACGCAAGGAGCAAGGAAGAAAAACGCCUCACCUUACUUAUUCAGAACCUGUAUGGUGAACUCUCUACCAAAGAAGAAGACUUGCUGUGUAUGCAAGAUGCACUACGUCAAAAAGAAAGUAAGCUUGAAGAGAUGAGGACAUAUCUUGGAAACUUAAGAGAACAUAAGCAGCUGCGAACUCAGGCUGAAUAUCUUGAGACAAGGAACAACGAAGCACGGCGUGCAUUGGAAGACCAAAGUGCCCUCAAUAAAAAAAUGCACGAUCUAGAAAAGGCGCUCGAGGGCCUAGAAAAGAAACAUAACCGCGCUUCCAGAGCAGACGCAAUGCCGAGAGAGCAAAACGAGUUAAAGAACGUUAGAAAAGAAAACCAAAAGCUGCAAACUCAAGUCAAAGGUCUUGAAGCAAGAAACAAAGAAGCAACGCACGCAAUGGAAAACGAGAAAAGUGUGCUGAAAAACGAACUUGUCACCAAAAACCAACACAUAACAAGUCUCGAAAUCGGGGCAAGGGAAAUGCUGGAAAAGAAAGAAAGGGACCAGAAGAUGCUGGAGAGACUUGGCACAGAAAACCAACAGUUGAGAACUCAGGUCGAUAGUCUUCAGGCCGAAAAACAUUCCCUUCUGCACCAGUACACCGAAGCCAAAAGUGCCGCAGAAAGUUUUCGAAACAGGCUUUCGAAAGAGUUCGGCAUCAGGCUCAAUUCUAACGAGACAAACAUGGAGAAUAUAUCAGUGAAGAACAGGCCGGCAAAAGUCGCCGAGAAAUUUGCCGAGAUCGAGAGCAAGGAAUGGGUAGUAGCAAAGGAAGUUUUUGACGACAGAUUUGACGACGAAAGGACGAACAUCAAGUUUCUGCUAGAUUUGUUUAAGCAUGUCGGAGGCACCACGGGAGUACCCGAAUCUCUUCGGCACGAAAUCACGGCGUUCCUGAAGGAGACGUGUGGGGGGUGCGAUGUGAAAUCACUAACCCAGCUCAUGAGCUGCGAUGAGUUUAUCGAAUGA